AUGGACUUAAGUGGUCAGGGAGGAGGCAAGGGGGACGGCAGUGGUCAGGGAGGAGGCAAGGGAAGUGAUCAGGCAAGUGGAAGUGGUCAGGGAGGAGGCAAGGGAGAUGGCAGUGGUCAGGGAGGAGGCAAGGGAGACGGCAGUGGUCAGGGUGGUGGAAAGGGCCAGGGAGAUGGCAAGGGAAGUGGUCAGGGUGGUGGAAAUGGCCAGGGAGGAGGCAAGGGAUGUGGCAGUGGUCAGGAAGAUGGCAGUGGUCAGGGAGGAGGCAAGGGAGACGUCAGUGGUCAGGGAAGUGGAAGUGGUCAGGGAGGAGGCAAGGGGGACCGAAGUGGUCAGGGAGGAGGCAAGGGGGACCGAAGUGGUCAGGGAGGUGGCAAGGGAAGUGGUCAGGGUGGUGGAAAUGGCCAGGGAGGUGGCAAGGGAUGUGGCAGUGGUCAGGGAGGAGGCAAGGGAGAAGGCAGUUGUCAGGGAAGUGGUCAGGGAAGUGGUCAGGGUGUCGGAAAUGGCCAGGGAUGUGGAAAUGGCCAGGGAGGAGGCAGGGGAAAUGGUCAGGGAAGCGGAAAUGGUCAAGGAGGAAGCAAGGGAUGCGGAAAUGAUCAGGGAAGUAAUCGAGGUCAUGGAUGUGGUCUUUGA